ACGUUCUUCCUCAUGGGGCUUCCCCGUGCACCUGCGCUGGACAUCCCCCUCUGGGGACUGUUCUUGGUGAUUUAUGUACUCACCGUGCUGGGGAACUUCCUCAUCCUGCUGGUGAUCGCGGUGGAUUCCCACCUCCACACCCCCAUGUACUACUUCCUGACCAACCUGUCCUUCAUUGACAUGUGGUUCUCCACGGUCACCGUGCCCAAAAUGCUGAUGACCUUGGCGUCCCCAGGAGGCAGGGCGAUCUCCUUUCACAGCUGUGUGGCCCAGCUCUACUCCUUCCACUUCCUGGGGAGCACCGAGUGUUUCCUCUACACAGUCAUGUCCUAUGACCGCUACCUGGCCAUCAGUCACCCGCUCAGGUACCCCAGCAUGAUGAGUGGGAGGACGUGUGCCCUCCUGGCCACCAGCACGUGGCUCAGUGGCUCUCUGCACUCUGCUGUCCAGACCACACUGACAUUCCGUUUGCCCUACUGUGGGCCCAACCAGAUCCAGCAUUACUUCUGUGAUGCCCCUCCCAUCCUCAAGCUGGCCUGCGCGGACACUUCCGUGAACGAGAUGGUGAUCUUUGUCAACAUCGGGGUCGUGGCCUCGGGCUGCUUU